AUGAACAAGCUGAUGCUUUGGGUCUCUGUCCUCGUCAUCCUCCCAGAAGCCUUUUCUCAGACAGACCUCAGAGGGAAGUUCCCUAGAGAAUCUUCCAUUGACCACGUGACCCUGAUCACAAAGCUGGAGAAACCUCUGAAGAACUUUACCUUGUGUCUCCGAGCCUAUAGUGACCUCUCCCGGGCCCACAGCCUCUUCUCCUAUAGCAUCUACGGCAAGGAUAAUGAGCUACUGCUUUUUAAAAACAGGAUUGGAGAGUACAGUCUAUACAUUGGGAAAGCCAAAGUUACUGUCAGAGCUUCCGAGACAUUCCCCAGCCCAGUGCACAUCUGUACCAGCUGGGAGUCUUCCACAGGCAUCGCUGAAUUCUGGGUCAACGGGAAGCCACUGGUGAAAAGGGGCCUGAAGCAGGGCUAUUCUGUGGGAGCUCACCCCAAGAUUGUCCUGGGGCAAGAGCAGGACUCCUAUGGAGGAGGGUUUGAUAAGAGCCAGUCCUUUGUGGGAGAGAUUGGGGAUUUAUACAUGUGGGACUCCUUCCUGCCGCCAGAAGAAAUCCUACUUGUGUACCAUGGUCACCCCUUCAUCAAUUCCACCAUCCUGAACUGGCAGGCUUUGAAAUAUGAAACCAAAGGCUAUGUUAUUAUCAAGCCCCUGGUGUGGGGCUGA